AUGAUCCACACGGUGCCGGAGGAGGACACUCCUUUGCUGGGCGUGAGGAUGAAUGACGCAGCGAGCACCGUCCUCGUGGGUGUGUCGUGCACGCAGGACAAGAAGUGGAAAGUGACGGUCGGUGGUAAGAGCCGGAGUUUGUCAGAUGAUGAUGUGACGUGGAAACCAGGCACAGCCUACCAAGUGAUCUUGCAGAUGGGUACUGGCGAUGAGUUGUCUGUGCACAUCGACGGGGACGAGAUCUACGCGAGCGAUGAAGACGAAGAAGAGGAAGAUGGUGAUGGCGGCGUCGCUUCUGAGGCGGUGAAGGCACUGUUCACUCCGCACAGGAUCUCGCACUUCUACGUUGGCGGGGACGGGGCGGAGGGCACGAAGACCAGCCCCCACGUGACGGUGACGAACGUCCUGCUGUACAACCGCGCACUUGAGGUGGGUGAGAUUACGCAGCUCAAAAACAGCAAAGUGACUCAUCCACGGCCGGCUGCGGCCUCCCACGGGCCCAGCGACGAUGUGGAGGACACCGAUGAUACUCUCGAGCAGGGGUCUGGGGAAAAGGGCGUUGGUGGUAUUCCAGCGGCUGGAGCUCUUCCCCAGCGACUCUCUGACGGGCAAGCGCCCCCGAACCCAACAGUUGAAGCAGACGCCGCAGAUCCCUCUUCUCCGGAGCCGGUGGUGGAGUCGUCGCCUUCCGCGCCUCCGUCCCCGGCGGAAGUAAAAAUACAAGCACCGGGCGACAGUGACGAGGCGAUGGUGGCAGGCGGCGGGGCGCAGUCGCCGCAGCCACCGGAGGAGGCCAAACGUGAGGGCGGCGGUCACGGUGGUGGUGGCGCCGAACUGCAUCCUGACGGCCAUGCCUCGCCCAGCGCGGCGGCGGCGGAGGAGGGGGCUGGAGAAGAGGAAAGCCGCGAGGAUGCCUCGGCGUCUCCGCCGGCGCCAUCCGCAUCGAACGUGGGCCCUCCUGCUGCACCGGGCGGCAGUCAGACGCAUGCCGGCGAGCCUGUCACCGCCAGUGAGAGACCAGCCAUUGACCCCGAAGAGGAAAACGCUGCUCCAGGCCCAGCGGCGAGCUCAGGCGGCAGCCCUGCUUUGACCGACAACGCCGAACCACCCGCCGCAAAGGAGGCACCCGGCACUUCUUCGCCUGCCACCGCUGAAUUGCCUCGUGGGGACAAUGAGGAAGUGCCGCAGGGCGUUGAGAGCGCACCGGCCAAUAAAAGCACAACACCCGCACCUCAGGCUGCCCCUGCGACGCGCGACGCUGCACCGCACUUGAGCAACAGCUCCGCUGCCUUCAAGAGCAUAACUGGCUUGAGGAUCAGCGAGGGAGACAGCGACGGCGCUGUGCGUGGGUGUGUGUCUCGGCUAUUGCUGCUUGCCCUGCUGGGGCUGUGGGGCACGACGGCUGUCUGCUGA